UGUUCUGGAUGACUAUGAGCUUAAUCGCCAUCAAUGAAGGACCACAAUACAGGACGCCACUGGGAAACCUGCACGGCUUGUCCACACCUUUUUCAAAGGUCAACGACCUCUGAAGAAGGACUGAUCCAGUUUGUCUUGGAUUUGUCAUGAAAUUGAACUUUCAUUUACUGGAUUUAUUUCAAGUGAAGAAAUGGCAAAGGUUUACAGGGUCUGUCUAGGAAUAAUAACAGGUAAGAUUGACUGUUUUGAAUCUUCUUACUUAUACCUGUGUUUAACUUUCCUUUAAACUCUCUUCAGUAUAAAAGUUUUUCAACCUCAGAUAGACAUAUUAAAGUGAUGUUUACACUUGAUUCAUAUUUCUAAUAUGUGCUUUCCCACUUGAAGAGACACACGUACGGUCAAAAAUGCGAUUGUAUGAGUUAUGUCUGCUGUUUUUGAAUUGUUGACACACUUUUCAACACCCAUGCGCCUUUGAAGCAACGCCGCUGAAGCCGGUUUGAAGACAGUGCUCUCUCUUCACAGCCAUAUUUGAACAGUAGAUUUCAGUGUAGGUUAAUGAUUGAAUGAAGAGUCCAUACACCAGCAAUAUAUCCCCUGUGAUUACUUAUCCUUGUCAAAACAGGCUUCCCUAAUAGGGAGUAUCCUGGGUUUCUACAGCUUGUGGUUUACUUUCAUGUCAUCAAACCGCCCUAAUAGCUGCCUGUUAAUAGGGUUUGUGUGGAGCAGUAAAAGUGCGUGUUUGGGAGGAGUGGGUGUGAACAAGAGAAAUCACUCUCUCCAACCCAAAAGGCUGGCUGGCUGACAUCAUGACUCAGCAGGAUUUCAGUAAUAACUAGGGUUGUGAUUGUACUUUUUCUUCCUGUCAUCACUUACGUAGAUCCUACACUGCGGCUGAAAUGUCAUCACAAAUGUUUGUCCGGUGCACACGUGCACACAUUUGUUUGUUGCGUGUGUCUGUAAUUGUCUCUUUGUGUGUCUGUGUGUCUGUCUGCAGCUCUGGCUUUGUGCAAAUACUCUCUGGCAGAGUGGAAUGUCACCGAGAAGCCUGCCAACCACACUGUGUCAGACUGUCAUCACCAUGGCGACAGAGAGAAUUGCACAGGUAGAUAUGGACAAGAAGGGGUAGGGUGGCGAUACCUUUGUGGUGUUAUAAACGCAGCGUCGAAGUUUCAAGGUGUAAUGGAAAAUUUUGAAAAGCAGACGUGUUGAUAUAAACACUCAAACACACACGGAAACAAAAAGUCAGGGAGUUAAUGAUAAAGAGGUUCAAUUCUUGGCUGUCCAGAGAGUUUAGGAGUCAUUCAAGUGUCUAAUCUGAUCAGGAGUCUCUGGGCUGAUUGUUUGCGACUUUCUCAUGCUCUGUUGAGAAGCAGGGGGAAACAGCAAUUAUAAUCAUUAAACCUGCAAUCUUGAAGUUCAGUUUCCUAAACAGUACACUCCAUACUACAGAAACCCUGGUCUUUGAGUUAUCUUUCAACUAUUUCCAAUCAUAAAUGUGUACUUAGCAUUUCAACAUUUGUCAUCUACUAUAACUGAGGUGUAUUGGAGAAGGAACCGCUCGUUCUUACCAAGCGAUAAAAUGUGUCUUUACAUCAUGUCAAGUGAUUUACGAGCUGCUAUAAUGUUUUUUUUUGCUCAGAGCUAGGAAGCUAUAAAAACAGUAGUUACAGCCGAAACAGCUCAGUAAAGCAGCUGGAGACAUCCGGCUUUGAAACCACAUAUUCCAGUUUUUACAAGAUUUUAUGCAGAUUUAAAAAGUCAUAUUACAUUAAAAGUACUUGGUGAUCACUUUUUGCUGCAUUUGCUGCUUUUAAGGUUAACUGUUUUUUUUAAGCUAAACUAGCCUAAACAAGGACAAGUUUAAUCAAUUACUAAACAAAUAAAGAAAUAAAUUUGAGCUUACCCACUUUUUGUUGUCUCAUCUCUUCAAGGCUAGCUGUCUCCUUUGUUGAAUACAGCUAGUAACCAACAGCAGGGAUGUUUAGAAAGCAGCAGGUUAGCUCUGGUCAGAAAAGAGAAACCUCGACCUCGCUAAAAAAAACAAAAAAACACACUUAUCUUCACACAUCACACUAAUCACUUAAAACAAUUAUCACAUGCUAAUCAGCUAGCUUAGCCAACAUUAUACAAAUUAUACUUAUUAUUCAGUCUUUUCUAUACUGACUGUUUCCCCCCGGAAAAAGGCAGAUUCAACCAACAACUAACUAACUUAUAUUUUGGUAUUUGGACACAUAAAUCAAUCAUCAGUUAAUUAGGCAGCCUUGGCAUUGGUUGACAUUAUUUACCAAGUCAAGUUAGCAUGUUACUCAUUACUCAAAAUUCUUAAACGAUAGCAAUUAUUUUACAGUGUAGUAUUUUUGGUCUGUGUACUUGGCGGCCAACAGAUUUUCGUUUUCAAAUAAAAAAACAAAAAUCAGGAGAUGGGCCGUCUCCCGACAACCAGUAAAACGAAAAACCGAAAACAAACUGUUUUCCAUUUAUCAUUUUAGUCAUUAAAAUCGGAGAAAGAAAAAACAACUCGGUACUUGACUUUCUGUGAUGUGGCUUUAAACGGAAAUCGAAGAUCAAAAUAUGUGCGUGGCAAUCUAGUGUUUCAAGUUUUAUUCACUUGUUUGUUGAGACCCGGAAGUUGUGAUUUGGAGCGACUGAGCGAGAGGCUCUCGAUUUUUGUUUUUUCAUUUGACAACGAAAAUCUGUUGGCUGCUAAGUACACAGACCAUUUUCUACAUAUUAAUUUUUGGUUUUUGUUUGGUAAAGUGCUUUUAAACAUUAUCAUUUUUUAGGUGAGCUUUUUCCCUCAUAAGCUGAUCUCAUCCGACCACUUUUUGUUGCUGUAUUUUGUGAAAAGUCAGGACAGUGGCAUCAAAUCCAUUACCUGAGCUUACGCUCAUCAGGAGAGCAAAUUAACUUAUUACUCCUUUGAACUUUGUAACUGGAUAUUUUUCUUUACAACAACAAGGUCAGGGCAGCAAGCAGGGUCUCAUGUUUCUCCGAACAACUGAGGCGCUCUCAUUGAUGUCACCUGAAAAGCAGUAUUCUUUUACAGGCUCAUUUUCAAAGAUAAUUUCAUGAGAAUGGGUCGUAAAGAUAGCGGCGGCUUUUAGGGAGCCACCAAGUGUUACCGGGGUCAGAGGUUUAGCGUUAUGGCCCACUUACAGCUGCAUGGAGAUGUUUUAGUCUGAAAAUAUGUGCAAAGAAGAUUAAGAACCAGACUGAAACAUGGGAAUUAUUGAAAUUUUAAGCAUACGAUCCAUGAAAUGAAAGAUAUGUAAUUUGUGUGACAUAUGUGGUUAAUGAGACUUUGGUGACACCAGGCUUCUCCGAGCACUGCCUCAUCACCGGAUCAUUUUGCAAACAGUCUAUUUAUACAUCAGGCCAUGUCAGGAUGUGAGCAUGUAAGUCAAAGAGUCAGGCUGACAGGAAUGACACAGUCACUAAAAUAAGUGUGCAUUUUGAAAAUAAAGUCGAUGAAAGGUUGGUGACAACAUCAGUGCUGCUUUAAUGACGGCACAUAUAUUUGAUUAUUAGGGUCACUAAUGGGAUUGAGUCUGAGAAGUAGAAACAGCAAGAAACAGGUGGCCAGAGGGGUUUAUAUUCACCUUCAGUUCCAGCCUUUGAUGAAAUGAGAUUUAACUGAACCAUCACUAAACACAAGCCAAUUACGUUGUUUUAUCUUUUUAGUAGAUACAGAAGAUACUGACGAGUGGGGCGGCCACUUCUCAAAAUGUCCCAAGGAGUUGACACACUACUGCAUCCAUGGGGACUGUCGAUACGUCACAGAUCAGAAGACGCCAUCUUGCAGGUGAGAGAAGUCCAGCGCAAACAAACAGAAGAAAAAGCACUUUGGAAAUAAAAAAAAGAGAUGGAUUGAGUUGUAUAAAGGUGGGCAGAAUGAGUGGAAUUAAGGAGCUCGGAUUUGAAUGUCAAGGAAAUGCAAACAAAACUAAUAAAUUCAACAGUGGAACCGUUUCAUUGGCAUUACUGUACUGUCAUUAAACAGUCCCUUAAUGUUAAAUCUAUUUGCAGAAGCACAUGAGCUGACAGACAACUGCAAGAAAAAUUCACAUUGAAUAAUUGACUAUACGUAUACUUUUCUCUGUUGUAUUUUUCAUUCCUGUUAUUUUCAAUUCCUGUGUAUACUCACACAUGGCAGAAAUAAAUGAUAUAAAACCCUGAAUCUUAAACCUUUAAAGCUCCUGUGAGGAACUUUCUGUCUUUGUUGAUUUUGGCACCCCUUGUGGACAAAGUGGUAAUCAUUAUAUUUGUUGCUGAUUUCAUCUCAUCCCUCGGAGAAUUGCGUCAAUUGACCAUAAGUCUUCCAUGUUGUCUUUUCACGAGAAAAUGUCACAUUGAAUGCGAUGUUUUGCUUUAGAAAAAGUAAAGCCUGGACAGUGCACCCACUCUCUUAUAGCAGUCACAGGCAUCAAUUAUUACAAUAAGGAAACUGUCCAUCUUGUUGUUAAUGGCCUCAUUUGCAUUUGAACGCAAUAGACUCUGUUCAUUUCAGUCUGCUUCAUGACCAAUCAAGAACGCCUCACAAAAGCUUUAAGUGGUAUUUUUUCGUCUUUUAGAUGUAUGUAUGGUUACCAUGGUACCAGGUGUGAAUAUGUGGACCUGGGCUGGCUAAUAGAAGAGAGACGAUACAUAAUAAUCGUCGCCACCAUCGCUGGGCUUGUCUUACUCACUCUCCUUAUUGUUUUCAUCUGCUUCUGCUCACAGUAAGUGAAAUUCUAAUAUGCUAAAUACACUUUCAUCCUUGACUCUGGCUGUUUUCACGACUUUGUUUUCAGCCAGUGUUUUGGUCUACUGUAUGUUUGAAAAAGGAUAUCCUUACAUGUUACGUCUCUGUCAGUCGUAGAUGCAGACUGUGCUGGCGGAGGAGAAGACGAAGAGAGGAGCCGAUAAAUGGAACAGAGAAACACAGCAUGAUGGACACUGGAGCAGCACACACAACAUUAGACGCAACAGAGGCACCGCAAACUAACACAGUUUAAGAGCUGUGUGUGAGCUCACGUGGGACC